UCCAUCGAGCGCUUUGAUUGGCCCCAGCGCAGCUUUGUGCCGACGGCCAAUAAGAGAGCGCAGGGAGAAUCCGCUCAUUUGCAUGAAGCCUCCCCCACCCCCUCGCAGGAGCGCCGCUGGAAACUCACCAAUCACAAUGCAGCGUACUCGGAGCCUUAAUUUGCAUACAUCCUCUAUAAGUCCCGAGUCGCUUCCGGUAGCCUCGCUCCUGCUGUUGUCGUGUUUGCGUUCCUGCUCUUUUUCUCUGCUCGCGCGUCCCGCCCGCUAUGCCUGAGCCGGCCAAGUCCGCUCCCGCGCCCAAGAAGGGGUCGAAGAAGGCCGUCACCAAAGCCCAGAAGAAGGAUGGCAAGAAGCGCAAGCGCAGUCGGAAGGAGAGCUAUUCCAUCUACGUGUACAAGGUGCUCAAGCAGGUGCACCCCGACACGGGCAUCUCGUCCAAGGCCAUGGGCAUCAUGAACUCCUUCGUCAACGACAUCUUCGAGCGCAUCGCCGGCGAAGCGUCCCGCCUGGCGCAUUACAACAAGCGCUCCACCAUCACCUCCCGGGAGAUCCAGACGGCCGUGCGCCUCCUGCUGCCCGGCGAGCUGGCCAAGCACGCCGUGUCCGAGGGCACCAAGGCCGUCACCAAGUACACCAGCUCCAAGUGAGCCCCUCCCGGGACGCGGCGCUCGCCCGAGUCGCCGGCCGCUUGACCCCCAAAGGCUCUUUUCAGAGCCACCUACCUUCUCAGCA